GUGUAUAAGGGUUUGGUUAAAGGAAAAGGUAAACUGUAAGAAAAUUUGGAAGUAAAGACGUUGAAUAUGGAGAAGAGAGAGAGAAGGAGGAUGAGAUGAGAGGCGGAGAGGAGAGACAAACGGCGACCGGGAUUCGGAAGAAGGGAAGCGGAGUGAGGCAAUGGCUGAUGCUCGACGGGAAAGGGGAGACGGAGGUGGUGGAGGCCGGGAAGCACGCCAUCAUGAGGCGCACCGGCCUCCCCGCCCGUGACCUCCGCAUAUUGGACCCUCUCCUCUCCUACCCUUCCACCCUUCUUGGCCGUGAGAGGGCCAUCGUCAUCAACUUGGAGCACAUCAAGGCCAUCAUCACCGCCCACGAGGUCCUCCUCCUCAACUCACGUGACCCCUCCGUCAACCCCUUCGUCCAAGAGCUCCAGGCCAGGAUCCUCCGCCACCACCAGGCCUUCUCUUCCAAACAUCACGACCACCACACCGACUCCGACCCCGACCACGACCACGACCCCGAUGCCAUCAAGAUUCUCCCUUUCGAAUUCGUGGCCCUGGAGGCCUGCCUUGAAGCCGCCUGUAGCGUAUUGGAGAACGAGGCAAAGACGUUGGAGCAGGAGGCUCAUCCCGCCUUGAACAAGCUCACAUCCAAGAUCAGUACUCUCAAUUUGGAACGCGUUCGUCAAAUUAAGAAACGAUUGGUCGCCAUCACUGGCCGUGUUCAGAAGGUGAGGGAUGAAUUGGAGCACUUGCUGGACGACGACGAUGAUAUGGCUGAGAUGUAUCUGACGGAUAAGUUAGCCGAACAGCAGAUGGAAGAGAGCUCUUCCGCAUCCUCCAUAAAUGACCACGACGAGCAGGAUAUAGAUGACAGGACCACUACAGAAAUAUCCUUUGAGGCUGGAGAACCCCCUGUGGGCUUUGAGGAUCAACACAAUGCCUACAAUGUUCUUGGUAGGGACAGCCAUGGAACCCGUGGUAGCACUUACAGUGCCGUCACCAAGCAGCUUGAUGUCGAGGAGCUUGAAAUGCUUUUGGAGGCUUACUUUGUGCAGAUCGAUGGCACCCUGAACAAGCUCUCAACGCUGAGGGAAUAUGUUGAUGACACGGAGGAUUACAUCAACAUCAUGCUGGAUGACAAACAGAACCAUCUCCUCCAAAUGGGAGUCAUGUUGACCACAGCAACUCUGGUAGUGAGUGCCUUUGUUGUUGUGGCCGGAGUUUUUGGCAUGAAUAUUCACAUUGAGCUAUUUGAUCCAGAUAAAGCUGGGAUGACAGAGUUCCUCUGGACUGUUGGUGGUAGCACUGCAGGGACCAUAUUCUUGUAUGUAGUUGCCAUUGCCUGGUGUAAGCAGAAACGCUUGCUGGAGUAAUUAACUAGGCAUCUAAUAGCGUUUCAUAAAGAAAUGUAAUGUAAUUUGAAAAUCACUCAUCAUUCAUAUGCUAUAAAUUAUAAUAGCAGACCAUUGCAGUAUCUUCUGGCUGCUUCUUGUAUUCGUAUGAUACUUCAGCUUCAACGGUGUACUCGUCUUGUACAUGAUUCCGUUGGUAGCUUUACGUACACCUGUUGUCUUUACAGUAUUAGUUUUGCUAUUAGCACCAAAAUUUCCGAAGUA